AUGAUUCGCGUGUUGGCGGGGGCGGCGGUGGUGUCGUUGGGCCUCGGGCUGACCGUCCCCGAGCCCGGCGAGGACUCCGUGGAUUACCGCACGGCCUGGGUGGAGGGGGUGGCGAUUUUGCUCUCCGUCUUUAUCGUGACCGGGGUCACCGCGGGGAACGACUUCGCCAAGGCGCGGAAAUUUCGCCAACUCAGCGCCGUCAACGCUGCGCAGCAAAUUCGCGUCCUGCGAGACGAGGCCUGGAUCAUGAUCGACGUCUCCGAAUUGGUGGUGGGGGACGUGAUGGGGAUCUCGCCCGGGUUGGUGGUCCCCGUCGAUGGGCUUUAUUUGACGGGGAUGCAAGUUAUGGUGGAUGAGAGCAGCGUCACCGGGGAGAACGACCCGCGGCGGAAGAGCGCGGAGUCCCCGAUUAUUCUCUCCGGGACGGUUGUCCAGACCGCCGAGGAGGCCCAGAUGGUCGUCUGCGCCGUCGGGGAGCGCUCGUUUGGUGGGAAAUUGUUGAUGGAGUCGCUCAUGGGGCCGCAGGGGUCCCAGUUUACGCCGCUUCAGCAGCGCUUGGAUCGGCUCGCGGGGUAUAUUGGGCGAAUCGGGCUCACCGUUGCCGGGGUGUUGUUUGUGAUUUUGUGCACGAUGGAGACGAUUCGCCUCUUCCGGCACGCCCCCGAGGCGAGUGUGAAGCACUAUCUUGAUUAUUUGCUCAUUUGCGUGGCGUUGGUGGUGGUGGCGGUGCCGGAGGGGCUGCCGCUGGCCGUCACCAUCGCCCUUGCCUACUCGCAAAACAAAAUGUACGAGGACAACAAUCAGGUCCGGCGGCUCUUCGCCUGCGAGACGAUGGGGAACGUGACGCAGAUCUGCAGUGAUAAGACAGGGACCCUGACGCAAAAUAACAUGAGCGUCGUCCAAGGCUAUGUCGGCAUGACGUACUUCAGCGUCGACCUCCCGGGGGAUUUUCACGAGGGGAUUUCGCUUUCCGCCCUCUCCGCCCCCGCCCGGCGGUGGAUGACCGAGGCGAUCGCCGUGAGCAGCUCAAGCGAGAAGACCCGCACGAGGGAUGGGGGCUGGGAGUGGGUCCCGGACAAAGGCAACAAAACCGACAACGCCUUGUUGGAUUUCGUCGACCGGGUGCUUCUUGCGGGGCCGUGCCCUGUUUCGGGCGCGGCGGGGAUGCGGCCGCAUCAGCAGCUCCGCCGCCGCCUCCGCGGCGAUGACGAGGACGGGGGGUUUUGGAUCUUCCCCUUCACCAGCGAUCGCAAACGCAUGAGCGCGGUGGUGCGGCACCCCGACGGGGGGUUUAUUCACUACGUCAAAGGCGGCUCCGACCAUAUUUUGCCGCUGUGCGAUCGCUUUUUGGACGAGCGCGGCGUCGCCCGGGCUUUGGACGAGGGCGGGCGGCGCGAGCUCGCCCGCCAGCUCGCCAAACUCGCCACGGCGGGCAAUCGCACGAUUGGCGUGGCCUACACCCUCUUCGACGACCCUUUUGAGGGCACGCGGGAGCCGUCUUGGCCCUUCGUGUGGAUCGGGUUGCUGGGGAUUCAAGACCCCCUCCGCGCGGAGGUCCCGGAGGCGGUGCGGAAGUGCCAGAUGGCCGGGGUCACGCUGCGGAUGUGCACCGGCGAUAACCUCGACACCGCCAUCGCGAUUGCCCGUCGGUGUGGGAUCUUCAACCGCGCGCGGGGCGACCUCGCGAUGACGGGGCGGGAAUUCCGCGAGUUGGUCUACGACGCCUACGGCGAGGCGUCGCGGAUGCCGCGGUUUUGGUCGAUCGUCGAUCGCAUGACGGUCGUGGCCCGCUCGCAGCCGCUCGAUAAGCAAUUGUUGGUGCUGAUGUUGAUGCUCCGCGGGGAGGUCGUCGCGGUGACCGGGGACGGCACCAACGACGCCCCGGCCCUGCGGCUCGCCAACGUCGGGUUCGUCAUGCGGAGCGGGACGGACGUCGCCGUGAAGGCGGCCGAUAUCGUCCUUUUGGAUGAUAACUUUCGCUCUGUCCAGCGGGCGGUGGUGUGGGGGCACUGCGUGAACGACAAUAUUCGGAAAUUUCUCCAGCUCCAGCUCACCGUGAACUACGUCUCGGUGGUGUUGAUCUUCGUGGGCUGCGUCCUCUCCGGCGGCGAGGCCUCGCCGUUGUCGACGGUGCAAUUGCUGUGGUUGAAUUUAAUCAUGGACACCUUGGCGGCCCUCGCGUUGGCGACGGAGCAGCCCACCGAGGAAUGUCUCCACCGCCCGCCCAUUCACCGCGAGGAGUCUUUGAUCUCCUAUCGCAUGCACCUCACCAUUGGGGUCGCGACGCUGUAUAUGCUCGUGAUUGCGCUCGGCGUGGAGUAUUUGCCCCCGGCGUGGCUCCACCUUGGCGAGCGCGGGAGCCGGGAGAACCAAACCGUCGUCUUUAACUUCAUCAUCCUCGCCACCAUCGCGCACAUCGUGAGCUGCCGGAAGCUUUAUCAGGAGGUGAACAUCUUCGAGGGCUUCGAGCGCUCCAAGCCGUCGUUAAUCGUGAUCGCCGUCUGCGUGGCUUUUCAGGUCCUCGCGGUGGAGACGUUCGGGGAGUUUAUGAAGACCGUCCGCCUGAGUUUUUAUCAGUGGAUGGCCUGCGUGGGGCUGGCGUUGGGGAUGGUGGGGAUGACGGUGCUUUCGCGGUUAAUCCCGCUUUGUUCGCCCUCGUACUCGUCGGAGUUUAAUCCGUCCUCGCUCGACACGGAUGUGAAAGGGCUGCUGGAGAAGCUCCACGCGACCGUGGAUAAGGCCCGCAAGGACGAUUCGUAUCGGAGCGGGAAGUGUUUGGAGGACGCCCUGCGGCUGCGCGCGCAGGCGCUUUGGAAUAAGGUCCAUCAACAUCACAUCAAUGGAAACAAAAUCAUUAAAAUGUUUCGUGGUUCAUGUGUGCGGCGGAUGAACACGGAGAAACGUUUACUAUAA